GUCAACAUGGCGGUGAAUCUCACUGAAUUGUCUCUUCCACAAUUAGAAGGCUUGAAAACUCAGCUUGAUCAGGAAACAGAGUUCCUGUCAUCGUCUAUAGCUCAGCUGAAAGUCGUCCAAACAAAAUAUGUGGAGGCCAAAGACAGUUUGAAUGUGCUUAACAAGAGCAAUGAAGGAAAAGAACUACUCGUCCCUCUCACCAGUUCUAUGUAUGUACCUGGAAAGCUGCAUGAUGUGGAUCAUGUGUUAGUGGAUGUGGGAACUGGUUAUUUUGUGGAGAAGAAUGUAGAGGACGGCAAAGAGUUCUUUAAACGCAAAAUCGACUUCCUUACUAAACAAAUUGAAAAGAUUCAGCCUGCUCUUCAAGAAAAAUAUGCCAUGAAACAAGCUGUUGUGGAAGUGAUGAAUAUGAAACUUCAGCAACUACACAGUCAACAGGCAUCACAGUCUGGCACCACCAAAGCCUAAAGACGGUUAAAAGAAGCAUGGCAGAAAAUAUAGAUCCCAAGCCUUCAACAUUCAGAUGGAUCCUUUCUGAUCUCUUGAAAUGGAGAACUGCUGCUCUGAUGUCAACAUGUUAUUCACAUCUCGUUGGGGGAGAAUAAAGUCCAGCACUUUGUCUACAUUAAACAAAUAUUCUUUUUUUCUGUGCCAUGUUUUUCUUCUCAUAUAUAGUGAACAAUUGGAGCAUUGGGCACGGCCGAUGGCUGUAUCCACAAAACCUCCCUUCAGUGGGAUUAAUGUCUUUGGAGGAGAUUUACUUUGUGGCACAAUGUAGCUUUGUGGUAAACACUUGGCAUGGAUUGUUUUAAAUGCAGCAAAUAUUUACACAUGAAACCUGUUAAAAAUGUUCUUGCUGGGCUAAAAGUGAGUGCACCCAAAUUCUCAAGCAAAAUAAUGAAAAAUUGAUUUCAAGAAUGGCUUGAUUUGUUGUCCCAAGCAGAUGCGUUACUGGUCAGUGUUACAGAGAGCAGCAACUUUAUGACUACUGUAAUAUGCUUAUGUACAAUUUUUCCACCCAUGCUAAAAAAUAAACAAUAAAAAUUGACAUUUAAAA